GAGCACAUCCGGAUCCAGCGGAGCCGCAGCGCGCAGCCGCAGUGUGGGGAGGCAGCAGAGAGACCCACAGUGGAGGGGGGGGCGGAGGCGAGGUGUGAGACAUGCAGGAGGAGGCAGAUAACCAGGAGAGGGACGUUCAGACCCGAGCAGAUGCGACGAGCAGCGCAGUGGAUCCCGGGAGGAGAAGAGUCUGACGCGUCCGGAGAAUUACGCACGACGCGCUGCUCCAACUUUUACGCACGGACCUCUGGAGUUCUGGGGGUUUCUACUCAUGCAAUAUUAUAAUUUUUAAUUUGUUUUACACUGAAGUGCGAUUUUUGAAACGGGGAUUCUCGUCACCUGACACGUUCAUCUGGAGUUUUGACUUUGAACGUGGACGCAUCUUGCACCUUUACGCACGGGGUUUUUCUAGAAAUCCCACAUUUGGAGACAUUUUUGGAUCAUAACUUGGACUCCUCAUCACUCUGCACUGGUUUAACUGGAACUGCGUUUGCUGUUAGAUUCCCUCAAUCCCACCACCUCGCAUUCACGCACCUGUCCCGCAGCUCCAGUGACGUCUCUUUGGGUAUGGACACAUUCAGACGUCUCGCCUGCGUGUGACUCACCGAAAGCAAAUAUUUGGUUUUGCGCUUAAAGGCAGCGGCACUUUGCGUUUGGGGAUAUUCUGACUGUGCGGGACGAGGACCGGUGCAGCCGCGGGGAUUGGACGCCGACGAGCUAAAUGCCCAGCCGGUCGCUGGCGGCUCCUCGGAGACAUGAGGUCCUGGGUCCUGCUGCUGCUGGGGGUCCUGUCAGCGGGGGGUCUUCUGAGGCUCGGCAGCGCUGAGGGCGAUCCUCUCCCUCCGUCGCUGGUCGACCUGGUGAGGAAUUCUCCCAUCGCCUCUGUGGACGAGCUGAAAGUGCUGCUGCUGCAGGAGGCCGAUGGAAUAGAAGAGGAAGAGGAUGAGCACGACUCUCUCACUAACCACACCCACGGCAGAUACAGCAGAAGCCUUGUGGAGGCGCAGAUGGCGCAGCUGGCGGUCUGUAAGGUUCGGACGGAGGUGAUGGAGGUGACCAGGUCCAUGCUCGACCGCCGCAACGCCGACUUCAUCCUGUGGCCGCCGUGCGUGGAGGUGCAGAGGUGUUCGGGCUGCUGCAACACCAGGCACCUGCAGUGCACCCCCACUGUCACCUCCAGCAGAUUCCUGAAGGUGCUAAAGAUCCAGGUCAUCAGCAGUAAACCUCACUACACCAACGCCAUGAUAUCAGUGGAGGACCACGUCAGCUGCAGAUGCCUACCUGCCACAUCUUCCUCUUCGUCCUCAUCGUCCUCUUCGUCCUCUUCAUCCUCUUCAUCCUCUUCAUCCUCUUCAUCCUACUCGUCCCUUCCUGUCGCUAACACCCCUGUUCCGAGCAAUCCCAACCCGCCUCCGCCUCCACCACAGCAGCCUGCCUCCUCCUCCCACCUUCCCCUGCCCCUCCCACGAUCCGUCCACCCUGCUCCGCCCAAGAGUCCCGCCUCCAAGGCUGACCUCCAUCGCCACGACGACCUGAAGCACAACCAGCAGCGCUACCGUUCCGAGGAGCGCGAGCCGGCGGCCAGGCAGUGGCAGCAGGGCAGCUACACCCAGCUGGUGCACUGGACGCAGCCCCGGGUGCACCAGGGCCCCGCCCACCAGCCGCUCGCCGGCGUGCUGGGGUCCGUCAGCAGCUGGCCGUCGGAGGCGAGGGCGGAGCAUAGCGUCAUGGGAAGUACGCAGCAGCUGGGGAGCGGGUCCGAGGGCAGCAGGGAGGAGGGCAGCGUGGCCUCCAACACUGAAGGGCAUCACCCGGAUCACGCCCAGAGGCAGCAGCAGGUACUGCAGCAUCAGCAGAGACAGCAGCAUCAGCAGCAGUAUCAUCAUCAGCUGUACAACCACGGGGGGGCCGCGGACCCCCAGCUGAGGACGCAACAUCGACUGAACGCUCCUCAGUCCGACAGCGCCUCCCCCCCCGUCAGCCCGACACACCCACCCGCUUCGGAGCUAAACCCCACCCUCCCUCUAACCACCAAUCAGAGAGACUCAGUGACCAGCCAAAUAAUCACACAGGUCACACAACAGACUGAGACUGAAGCAGUCAGUCAGAGAGAAGGGAGCGAGAAGGAGGAGAGCGGCUCGGCCAAUAGUGGGGACUCGGCCGCUGCUGAGCCGGCCAAUCAGGGGAGAGAGAGAGACUCUGAGCCGGCCAAUCAGGGGAGAGAGAGAGACUCUGAGCCGGCCAAUCAGGGGAGAGAGAGAGACUCUAAGCCGACCGUGGAGGACGGUCAUUUCACAGAGGAGGAGAGGAGGCUCCGACUUCUGGAGAUGGUACAGAGCGAACCGGAUAAACAGACUCAUCUUCAUCCUCAUCCUCCUCAUCCUCCUCAGCAAAGACCAAAGACGACCACGUUUAUAACAGUCGUGUCUACUGUGGCCCCCGUGUCCUCCGCUGCUCGCCAGGCUCCGUUCCGUCCGGCUUCCCCUCGCCGCCGGAGGAAACAUCGCAAACGCAUCAGCAAAGCCGCCCUGAGAGCCAUGAUCAUGUAGAGCUGCAGGAAACGCUGAAGCUGAUCCAAGCUUUCCAAGCGGAGAGAUGAAGAAUGUGGGAUUCUUGAAUGUGCCGCCGGUCGACUCUGUGGACGGAGGUGACGGACGCUGCUGCUGCUGCUUUCUGAUUGGACGGCUCCGGACUAAGUUACCUUUCCUGCUCCAGAGCUGCCGCAGAGCGUCCGGUUUCGUGGAUUUGAGAAGAAAAAAAACAAUUUAAAAAGUGCAAUCUUAUGAACUCGAUGGACUGGAAGUUACUCGUCACCCUGAACACUGGAUCUAUAAAACAUCCCGUUAACGUGGAUGGAUGGAAGCUCGUCAGAUUCCCAAAGCUAAGCUGGUGCGCCCUUGCAGUCGGCAGCCAUUGAUUGGCUCCUCUGACUUCCAGCUCGACUACUGAUUGGCUCCUCUAACGAUGACUCGGACUAAGAUUUCACCGUUUGGGGCUGAAAGUGGAAACGUGGAGAACUGGAUUUCUACACUGGGACAAUAACUGGAAACGCAGCUGAGGCCUCGAUGCCAAACCUUACUGUUAUCUUACAAUGUCUAACUGUAUCUAACACUGGAGUAGCCGUACACUGAUCAUUACACUGACCUUAGAGAAGUACUCCGCCGUGUACUGUAGCUUCAUGUACUGGAAAAAUAUCAAUAACCUGCUCUUUUUGUACUACUGCCGGAUCCAAACGGAAUAACAAACAAAUGCCUGCCUAGAUAACCUGUUAUGAAUAUCCACGUUAAAGCAAGUCUUAAAGACCUGGCUGUUAGAGAUCGCUGUUAUAGCCAACACUGUAUAAAUGCUUUUAGAAAAAAAACGAUAUCCAAGGGGGGGGGGGAGACAGAGAAAAACUUUAUUUCUUAACUUAUUUAAAAAAAAGUGUAAUUAUUGUUGCAGACAUGUUUCAGAUUAUAAUUAUUGGUUGUACAACUGUUACUGUUAUGAAUGUUAUUUUUAAUAUAAAAUAAAAAUGUUCAACAAA